ACAAUGCGAUAUUUAGGUAUAUAAAUAAUGCUAUUAUUCCAACGAGUACACUUAUAAUUAUUAAGUCAUUAUAAUUUUUACAAGUGCGUUCCAAGUGUCAUCAUAUUUAUCCAUACACUUUUAUAACUCCCCCUGCUACCUUCUUCUGAAUUGUAGGGAGAUGCCCAGGCAGUGGGACAUCUCUGCAGCAUGCUGAGGAGACGUAACCUUCUCACUACACUUCUGAUUGCUUUGCCAUGGGGUCUUCUUCUUACAUUGUGGCAUCAGUACCCAACUACCCGCUACCUCAGCCUUCUGAGAAAGGAAACAGAUGAAAACGUGACGGCCAAAUCUCUCUUCAAUAAUAGCACAUCGCUCGCAAGGGAGGAUGGACUCUCAUCAUGUGCUCGGCUACCAGCUGUUGGGGCAGCUCCAAAAAUAAUCCGGAGCUAUGUGUACUCCAGGCCUCCCCCAUGGUCAGAGGCUCUGCCUGCCAUCUUUGUGAUCACCCCGACCUACAGCCGGCCAGUGCAGAAGGCUGAGCUGACCCGUCUGGCCAAUACUUUCCUCCACGUGCAGAACCUCCACUGGCUGGUGGUGGAAGACUCUCCAAGAAGGACCAACCUAGUAUCCAAUCUGCUGGAGAAGACAGGGAUCAAUUUUACACACCUGAACAUUGAGACUCCUAAGAGUCUGAAGAACCCUUCCUGGCUCCCAUCUCACAAACCGAGGGGCACGUUGCAGAGGAAUCUUGGACUGCAUUGGUUGAGGGAGAAUUUUGGCACCACACCGCCACCAGAGGGUGUGGUCUACUUUGCUGAUGACGACAACACCUAUAGCCUAGAGCUCUUUGAAGAGAUGCGCUACACAAAGAGGGUGUCCGUCUGGCCAGUUGCCUUUGCCGGGGGCCUCAGAUACGAGUCCCCAAAGGUGAGCCCGGCAGGCAAAGUGGUGGGCUGGAAGGCCGUGUUCGACCCUAACCGGCCCUUUGCCAUCGACAUGGCUGGCUUUGCCAUCAGCCUCAGGUUGAUCCUGGAGAAGCCUCAGGCCACUUUCAAGCUGGACGGAGUGAAAGAAGGUUACCAAGAAACUAGCCUGCUGAAGGAUCUUGUCACGAUGGAUGGACUGGAGCCCAGAGCUGCCAACUGCACAAAGGUCUUGGUCUGGCACACGAGGACAGAAAGGCCAACACUGGUUAAUGAAGGCAAACGCGGAUUCACAGAUCCAAGGGUGGAGGUGUAAUCAGGAAAUCACC